AUGGAUGCAUCCAAUUUCACACUACAGGCACAGAAUUUUGUCCCUAUUCCGUUGGACCCCCUGUUUCUCAGCGGCGAGAGCCGGGCUUGGCACCUGAGGUGCUGCAGGGACGACUUUGAGGACGACGCGGAAGUUUGGCUCAAGUCGUUGCAAGAGACAGAAGGCCGAAUCCUCUUUGGUGACAAGAGACUGCCAUACGACCUAUGGGACGACGUGAGGGCGGCAAUUGGACGAGAAGACGAGGCCCGGUUCCCGCUGUUCUGCGGCAAGACCGGUCCUGCUUUCUUGGCACGGAAGCGGAGGAAACGCCUUUUAGAGACGGCCACCGACCCCGGAUGGAUGGCAAUGACUGCGAAACUUCCCGCAGCCGUGAGGCGAAGGGCCAUGUUUUACCGCAGGGAGCAGGGCGACCAAGGACCACACGAGGUAGUGACAAAGGAACCGUGCGGUCCCGGCUGCACAUUCUCCGGGAAGAACGAAGAGCGUUUUGUUGACACGCGGUCAAUUCGUAUUCUCACGAAGAAGACUCGCGAACCUCUCGAGAAGUGGCUGGAAGACAUCCAGGCCUACGUCGCCAACGACGGUGACAUUUUCGGUGGAUAG